UCUCUGUGGCAUAUGCCUUAGGAGAGGAGCAGACAGAUCUUAGCUAGGGUCAGAUUUCAAAUUCUCAUCUCUUGGUGCCAAUACCACCACCAAAUUCUUCUUUGAAGUCAACUUUUGAGAUCUUCACUAAGUACACGUUGGUGUCUGAAGAUUCACACGAGUGCCUCUGGUAAUCAUUUUCUUCAGGGAAUCACAGUCUCUCCUCUCAGCAAAGCAUCCACUGUACUGAACUUUGCUUUUGGAAACAUCUUCUUCCUGAGACCUCGUUGAAAGAAACUCUCUGGUGUCAUACUUUCCAAUAUGGAGGUGAAGAACUUUGCAAUUUGGGAUUAUGUUGUAUUUGCAGCCCUCUUUUUCAUUUCCUCUGGAAUUGGGGUGUUCUUUGCCAUUAAGGAGAGAAAAAAGGCAACUUCCCGAGAGUUCCUGGUUGGGGGAAGGCAAAUGAGCUUUGGCCCUGUCGGCUUGUCUCUGACAGCCAGCUUCAUGUCAGCUGUCACGGUCCUGGGGACCCCUUCUGAAGUCUACCGCUUUGGGGCAUCCUUCCUAGUCUUCUUCAUUGCUUACCUAUUUGUCAUCCUCUUAACAUCAGAGCUCUUUCUCCCUGUGUUCUACAGAUCUGGUAUCACCAGCACUUAUGAGUACUUACAACUACGAUUCAACAAACCAGUUCGCUAUGCUGCCACAGUCAUCUACAUUGUACAGACAAUUCUCUACACAGGAGUGGUGGUGUAUGCUCCUGCCCUGGCACUCAAUCAAGUGACUGGGUUUGAUCUCUGGGGCUCUGUGUUUGCAACAGGAAUUGUUUGCACAUUCUACUGUACCCUGGGAGGAUUAAAAGCAGUGGUGUGGACAGAUGCAUUUCAGAUGGUUGUCAUGAUUGUGGGCUUCUUAACGGUUCUCAUUCAAGGAUCAACUCAUGCUGGGGGAUUCCACAAUGUAUUAGAGCAAUCAACAAAUGGAUCUCGACUACAUAUAUUUGACUUUGAUGUAGAUCCUCUCAGGCGACACACUUUUUGGACUAUCACAGUGGGAGGAACUUUUACUUGGCUCGGAAUCUAUGGGGUCAAUCAAUCAACUAUUCAGCGAUGCAUCUCUUGCAAAACAGAAAAGCAUGCUAAGCUUGCCUUGUAUUUUAACUUGCUGGGUCUCUGGAUCAUUCUGGUGUGUGCUGUCUUCUCUGGCUUAAUCAUGUACUCUCACUUUAAAGACUGUGACCCUUGGACUUCUGGCAUCAUCUCAGCACCAGACCAGCUGAUGCCGUACUUUGUCAUGGAGAUAUUUGCCACAAUGCCAGGACUGCCAGGACUUUUUGUGGCUUGUGCCUUCAGUGGAACUCUGAGCACCGUGGCUUCCAGCAUCAAUGCCUUGGCAACAGUGACCUUUGAGGAUUUUGUCAAGAGUUGUUUUCCUCAUCUCUCCGACAAGCUGAGCACCUGGAUCAGUAAAGGCUUAUGUCUCUUAUUUGGCGUGAUGUGUACCUCUAUGGCUGUGGCUGCAUCUGUCAUGGGAGGUGUUGUGCAGGCUUCCCUCAGCAUUCACGGCAUGUGUGGAGGACCAAUGCUGGGCUUAUUCUCCCUGGGAAUCGUGUUCCCUUUUGUGAACUGGAAGGGUGCACUAGGAGGUCUUCUUACUGGAAUCACCUUGUCAUUUUGGGUGGCCAUUGGGGCCUUCAUUUACCCUGCACCAGCCUCUAAGACAUGGCCUUUGCCUCUAUCAACAGACCAAUGUGUCAAAUCAAAUGUGACAGCAACAGGGCCUCCAGUGCUAUCCAGCAGACCUGGAAUAGCUGAUACCUGGUACUCGAUCUCCUACCUUUACUACAGUGCAGUGGGCUGCUUAGGAUGCAUUGCUGCUGGAGUAAUCAUCAGCCUCAUAACAGGUCGCCAAAGAGGUGAGGAUAUUCAACCACUGUUAAUUAGACCAGUUUGUAAUUUAUUUUGCUUUUGGUCUAAGAAGUACAAAACACUAUGCUGGUGCGGAGUUCAGCAUGACAGUGGGACAGAGCAGGAAAACCUUGAGAAUGGAAGUGCCCGGAAACAGGGGGCUGAAUCUGUCUUACAGAAUGGACUCAGGAGAGAAAGCCUGGUACAUGUUCCAGGCUAUGAUCCUAAGGACAAAAGCUACAACAAUAUGGCAUUUGAGACUACCCAUUUCUAAGGCAAUACCUGUAUGAAUGCACACACACACACACGCGCACAAUAUACACACACACACACACACACAAACUCCACAUACUUCUUGCCUACUUGUUAGUAGAUAUGUAUAGUUGCCAUUGCUAGAAGACAGGGAUGUCUGGUGCCUAUUUCUACUUAUUUAUAACUACAUGCAAAACGACUGUUUCUUGGGAUAUUCUUUGAAAGACUCCAACUUUCACAGAGAAAAACCAACCUGCUCCAAAUGCCCUUGACUACUUCCUUCAUGAAUAAAUUAGGACUGGAUUUUA